CGACUUUUGUCAUUAAUCACAUGUGGUUUUUUUCUCAAAUAUCUGGACUUAAAUUACGGAAUAAGUUGUGAGCUGUAUAUUCAAAUCCUGAGUACACGAUGAACCGCCACAUUACCAAGAUCUUGGAUGACAAGCAGCGGGAGAAGGACAAUUCCUCCAGUCCACCGCCCUGCCAGCCCACCUAUUCCUCGCCAGAAUCUUCGCCGCCCACCAAUGGAUAUCCUCCGGCUUUAUAUGUGGAUGUGGUGAAGAACAUGCCGAAGUUGGAGAUCCCGACGCCACCUCCACCGCAUGAGCCCACUCCGCCGGAGUUUAGUCUCUUCCGGGAGGAUUUUCCGGCCCUUCCAGGCACUGCCAGAUCUCCAUCUAGCCCAACGUCGACAAUUCCCGACGACUGGAAGACCCUGAUGAGCGACGGCGAACCGGAUGAGUUUAGCAAAUUCCGGGACAUUGUCAUGUCCAGCGAUACGAACAGCAGUACCAGCGAUUUCAAGGGUCAGGAGUACCUGCCCCAGCUGUUCGGCUAUCUGCCAUCGCCAACUGUGAGCCUAAUCUUUGGCCAGCAGUUCCUCCACGAGGGCGUCCGUCAACGGGCCUUGCGCAAUGGCCACAAGAAGUCCCAGCCCAGUGUCCAUCCUCCGCCCGGCUUCGAGAAAGUCAAAAUGUAUGCCCGCCUGAAUACCAACUACACGGGCAUGCCAUUUGGCGGUGUCAACUUCGAGCUGGAAUCCCCUUUGUACGACAGGAUGUGGAGGAUGGAGAACUCGACACGUUCUGCUGCUGUCGAAGGAUCCUUUGGCAUGCUGGGAUUGGCCGGCAAAUUGGAAUCGCUGCAGCGAAAUCCUCUGAAAAAGCCCAAUCUGUUCGCCGAUGAUGUGCAGCACAAUGUGGAACCCGGAGAAAACAGCUGGUUGCACUUUGCCGGAGCACGUGAUGACUACAAUGUGCCAUUGAACUAUAGACUGGCUGGGAAAUUGGGUCUGCCACAGCCCAAAACGGGACAGAUGCAUGCGGAGUUGCUGUUUUUCUUCUUUUACAUGUACACCGGCGACUUGAUGCAGUUGCUCGCGGCGGCGGAACUGGCGGAACGGGGCUGGCGCUACCACACACACGAGCGUAUCUGGAUCAAAAGGCAGGCGGACAAUCCCAACUACUCGUACCAUGGCUUCCAGGAGUCCGGCGAAUACAACUACUUCAAUAUGUGUCAGUGGAAGAUCCUCAGGCGUCACUUCCAGCUGGAUCCCGAUCAGUUGGAGCGGACGCUGACCAAGAUGGAGCUGUACGAGAUGCACGGCUACCAUCCGCAGAUGUAGAGCCUUCAGACGGCGGACAAUCCUCCCUAGUCGUUGACCCACUUCCCCAGGGACUCAGUGGCUUUUCAAUUAAACAACCAAAGCUGUAAACACAUUUUAAAUCAAAUAAGAAGUUUUCUUAAAAAGA